UUUGAGGCCGAGCUCUGAAGCGACAGUUGACUGUAGCAGUUGAGAGCAAUUCAAAGAUGUAGCAGCAUGUUGGAGUCUGGUCAUACAAGAGUUCUUCUCGCACUACUGCUGUUGCUGGCAUUACCUGGGCAAGCACCUGGCGAUGAUAAUGUUGGCUUUCAGCGCGUCUAUCAAACGGAGGACACGGUGCGCCAGGGCAAAGCGCAUGAGAUGCGGCGUCACAUCAAUCUGCGUGCCAAUCCCUGCACAGAUUUUUAUGAAUACGCCUGCGGCAAUUGGGAAACAGAGACGACGCCGCAGCUGCAGGCCGAGCAUCGCAUCGACACUGAUUUGCAGCGUCUGCUGGAGGAGUCGGCACAUCGCAAGGACAGCGGCUUAGCGCGUCAGGCCAAGGAGUUUUAUCAGUCGUGCCUCGUUGCCGAAGCUCAACGCAGCCAGCAACAGGACUUCCUCAGCGAGUUCAUCCAGCAAAAUGGCGGCUUUCCGGCUGUGCCAGGCGCCAAGUGGAGCGCAUAUAAUCGGGAAUAUAAUUGGGCGCAAAUAAGUGGAAGAUUAAGACGACAGUACGGCAUGGAUAUACUGAUUGGCUUGCGUGUUAGCUAUAAUUAUGCCAGUGUGCAGGAGAACAGCAUUUACCUGAGCGAACCCUCGACCCUGAUACCCAACGAGCUGUGCAGCAAGCGACGUCUCAAUAAGCUCCAUGCGGCUUAUGUGGAAAUCGAGCACCUUGUGACGGAGCAGCUCAAGACCUGGCUGGCCAUGGGCAAUGAAGAGUCGGCUCGGUUGGCAGGUGAGAUAAUGAGCUUGGAGCACGAGUUAUGCGAUGCGAUGCAAGGCCUUGAGCCAUGGGAUGCUGAGCUACAUCUUUACACGUCGAACUUCACGCGAAAGACUCUGGCUGAGCUGGGACAGCUCUAUAGCUUAGACUUCGAAACGUACGCGAACAAUGUCUAUGAACAAACUGUCUUCAGACCCGUCUACAUGGCGGCGCCGAAAUAUUAUCGCCAGCUGCAGCGCACGCUGAACACACGCAAUGCCACUCAAAUAGCUAAUUACAUAAUGUAUCGAGCAGUGGCCGCAUUAACGUUUCCGCUCGGGGAUACGCCGGAGCGCAGGCCAGCUCUCUGCUUGGACAGAGUUAAGCAACUGUUGCCCAGAGCUUUGGGCGAGCUCUACGCAGCGCGUUACGCCCUGGAGGAGUCGAAGCAGCAGCAGCUGCUGCAGCUCUACGAUCACCUACAGGAAUCAUUGAAGCGUAGCGUGAGCGCCGACUGGCUAGAGGAGGGCAGCCGUCGUAUAGCUCAGCGCAAGUUGAGUCUAUUGCAAUUAUCAAUGCCCACCUAUGAGCAGCCCCUGAUACUGAAACUCCAGUUCGAGCGCAACAAUUAUUGGCACAAUCUGCGCCAGCUUAUGGGCCAGGUGCAGGUGCUGCAGCUGAAGCGCGAAGCUGAAGAGAAUCUGCCUUUGCCAGCUGACCCAGUUGAAGCCUACGAGACACGCGUGAUUUAUCGACCGCUGCAGCGGCGUUUGGAACUGGGCUGGGCGCUGCUGCAGCCACCGGACUACGAUGAGCGCUACGGGCACGCCCAGCGCUAUGCCACGCUGGGUGUUAGCCUAGCGCGUCCGCUAGUCUCCGCCUUCAACGAGCUGCAUUGGUCAGCGGGCUUGCUCGAGCACGACAACUGGGACACAUUGACCGCCUGGAGGUAUCAGAAUCGCAGUGAAUGCUUUGCACGCCAGGUCGAGGAGUAUCUGCAGCGCAAUGACACCGCAACGAAGCAGCUGAUCAAUCGCAGCGCUGCCUUGAAUGUCGCCUUCAAUGCUUAUCUCAGCUGGUUGAGCUUGCAGGCGCCCAACAACGAUUUCGUGCGCCUGACAAAGGAGACGCUGCCUGGUCUUAACUACUCCAAUACGGCGCUCUUCUUCUUAGCCUUUGCCCAACAGCACUGCCAGCCCAAGGAGAGGGAACAACAUCAGUUGCCAGACUCAUGGCCAACGCUCAGAUACAGCGUCAGGCAAACGCACAGCUGGCCCCGUUUGGCAGUGAAUGGACCCUUGCGUAACUUGGCCGAAUUUGCACGUGAAUUCCAUUGCCCAACUGGCUCAGCAAUGAAUCCAUCCGACAAGUGUUUCAUCUACUGAGCUAGCUUAUCUGAUGUGCCUUUAAGACAUAAACAAUAUACCUUCACUGAAGUAUUUUUUACCCACACAUAUUUUUUGGCAUUGUUUUUCUAUAAAUGUAAACGAGGUGUGCUCGACUAGUAAAUACCCUGACCUCUGCUUUGAACUGUA